CGUCACAUCCGGCCCUUGCGAUUCGGGGUUGCGGAACCCGCGCGAUGAAGUGCGUUUUUGUUACUGUAGGGACCACCAGCUUUGACGACCUCAUUGCGUGUGUAUCGGCGCACGACAGUCUGCAAAUAAUCCAGAGCCUCGGUUACAACCGACUUGUCCUACAAAUAGGUAGAGGAAAGGUGGUACCUGAACCAUUCAGUACUGAGUCAUUCACUUUGGAUGUUUACAGGUACAAGGAUUCACUGAAGGAAGACCUUCAGAAAGCAGAUCUUGUUAUUAGUCACGCAGGUGCAGGAAGCUGUUUGGAGACUUUGGAGAAAAGAAAGCCACUUAUAGUGGUUAUAAAUGAAAAGUUGAUGAACAAUCAUCAACUGGAAUUGGCAAAGCAGCUACACAAAGACGGGCAUCUCUUCUACUGUACCUGCAGGGUCCUGACUUAUCCUGGGCAAGCCACCUUUGCUUCUGCUCGUGAGAAGUGCCAAGAUUCUGCAGCGCUGACUCCAACUGCCUUCUCAUGCCUUUCCGGAUACCUGGAUAAGCAAGCCCUUGUCACUGCUACCUAUCCUUCCUGCGCUCUGCUUUUUCCUUCUUGCCACACGUGUGUUCCCCUCUCCCCCUGCCCACCUCUAUCCCCGUACACAAUGCAUAAAGGAUGGAAAAAGUACUGCGGCCAGAAGUCUCUGAAUGAGGCAUCAAUGGAUGAAUAUUUAGGCAGCUUAGGGCUGUUUCGAAAGCUGACUGCCAAGGAUGCCUCUUGCCUCUUUCGUGCUAUUUCGGAACAGUUGUUUUGCAGCCAGGUCCAUCACUUGGAAAUCAGGAAGGCUUGUGUCUCAUAUAUGAGAGAAAAUCAACAAACUUUUGAAUCUUAUGUGGAGGGAUCUUUUGAGAAAUACCUGGAACGGUUGGGAGAUCCCAAGGAAAGUGCUGGCCAGCUGGAAAUAAGAGCUCUUUCUCUAAUUUAUAAUCGGGAUUUCAUUCUUUAUCGCUAUCCUGGCAAGCCUCCAACUUAUGUCACAGAUAAUGGCUAUGAAGACAAGAUUCUACUCUGCUAUUCAAGUAAUGGUCAUUAUGAUUCAGUGUACUCAAAGCAAUUUCAGUCAAGUGCAGCUGUUUGUCAAGCUGUAUUGUAUGAAAUUCUCUAUAAAGAUGUGUUUGUUGUGGAUGAAGAAGAGUUGAAGACUGCAGUUGAGUUGUUUCGAAGUGGUUCCAAGAAGAAUAGGAACAAUGCUGUGACUGGCAAUGAGGAUGCCCAUAUUGACUACAAGAAUUCAACUCAAGAUAGGACUGAAGAGUGGGGUGCCUGCUGCAAUGUUGAAAAUAUACCAGAGGGGUACAAUCAAGGAACAGAAGAAACAAAGUCUCCAGAAAAUACAUCAAAGAUGCUCUUCCCCUAUAAGGUGCUCAAAGCCCUGGAUCCAGAAAUCUAUCGUAAUGUAGAAUUUGAUGUUUGGUUGGACAGCAGAAAAGAACUUCAAAAAUCUGAUUAUAUGGAGUAUGCUGGGAGACAGUACUAUUUGGGAGACAAAUGUCAGGUUCGCUUGGAAUCAGGUGGAAGAUAUUAUAAUGCUCAUAUUCAGGAAGUUGGAAAUGAAAACAGUUCAGUAACAGUAUUCAUUGAAGAGCUGGCAGAAAAGCAUGUUGUUCCACUAGCUGAUUUAAAACCAGUUACCCAAGUGACACCUGUUCCUGCCUGGAAUGCUAUGCCCAGUAGGAAAGGAAGAAGUUACCAGAAAAUUUCUGGGGGCUACAUCCCAGAAAUAGCUAUGUCAGAGAUGGACAUGAAGCAACGGAAGAAGAUGUUCAAGAAAGUUAGAGGGAAAGAGGUUUAUAUGACUAUGGCUUACAGCAGGGCAGAACCCCUUCUCCCACCCAGGCUUCAGCACAGUAUGCAUUAUGGGCAUGACUCUCCAAUGCACUACUCACAGACAGCUGGCAAUGUUAUGUCUAAUGAACAUUUUCAUCCUCAACAUUCAUCUCAGAGACAAGGUCGGGGAUAUGGGAUGCCCAGGGAUUCAUCUCGCUUUAUAAACAGGCACAACAUGGCAGGCCCUAAAGUUGGUUUUUACCCUGGUCCAGGUAAAAGGUGCUGCCAGAGCUAUGAUAACUUCUCCUAUAGAUCUCGUUCCUUUAGACGUAGUCACCGCCAGAUGCAUUGUAUGAAUAAGGAGUGCCAAUUUAGCUUUGCUCCAGAGAAUGGACAGAUGCCCAGGGGCUUGGAAGAAACCAUUACUUUUUAUGAAGUUGAAGAAGGGGAUGAGACUGCGUAUCCAGCUUUACCUAAUCAUGGAGGGCCCUCUACAAUGGUUCCUGCUUCUUCGAGAUACUGUGUUGCAAGGCAAGGACAUAGCUCAGGCAAACAGCCUUUGAAUUCAGAGGAGGGUGAUGGCCAGAGUGACGGUGGGGGAUAUCAUGAAGAAUAUAUUUAUCCUUCAGAACCAGACUAUGAUACUUCAGGUGUUUAUAGCACAGCUGAAUCUACUGCAAACUUGUCUCUUCAGGCUAGAAGACCAUGUUCUGUGCCUCCUCAGGACACAGUUACCUCAUACAACUACCCCCAGAAGGUGAUGGUAAAUUCUGCAGCAAUUGCAGCUUCCUGUGCCAAUAAUGUUCCAGCUCCAGUCUUACCUAACUGUGCAGCCGCUAAUCAAGCUAGUAGUACCACUUCAGUUUCCUCACAGAAUGCUAUACAGCCUCUAUUUGUAUCUCCACCUACACAAGGCAGGCCAGUGUUUGCUUCACCAUCCUAUCCAUACCUCUCUGCUCCUAUUCCUGCUGCUGCUGGCCCUCUACCACCUCCACCUCCUCCACUACCACCACCACCCCCUCCUCCUCCUCUUGAGGUAGGAGAGGCUUCAAACUUAGCACCACCACUUCCACCUUAUUCCUGUGAUCCAAGUGGCAGUGAUCUGCCUCAAGAUACAAAAGUUUUGCAGUACUAUUUCAAUCUGGGAUUACAGUGCUAUCACCACAGCUACUGGCACUCCAUGGUCUAUGUGCCACAGAUGCAACAGCAGCAGCUUCAUGCAGAGAAUUAUCCAGUCUAUACGGAGCCGCCACCUCUAGUAGAUCAAACCAUUCCUCAGUUAUACAGUGAGGUGGAGAGACAAGAUGGCACACAGGCAGAAGUAUCAGCAAAUGGUACUUUUCCAAAUGCUGACCCUGCAUCUGUCCCUCAUGGAACAGUGUAUUAUCCAGUGAUGUCAGAUCCGUAUGGGCAGCCACCUUUGCCAGGUUUUGAUUCCUGCCUUCCUGUUGUGCCAGAUUAUCCCUACUUUGCUCCCUGGCAUCCAGUUAGUGCAGCGUAUGGUGGUUCUCCGCAGAUUCAUGGUGCUAUGAGUCCUGGGCCGCUUGGCUAUAUUGCUGCCCCUCCCUCAGCUUCUCAUUAUGUACCUCAGAAUAUGUAAGAUUCACAGUAUGAAGUAUUCUUGCACUGCCAUCUUUCUUGCUAUUUUGGCUUUAAAAAGUGUUUUAUGUUAGUGUUUAAGUGAUUUAGGGUGGUUAGAGUGGUUACUAUUGUGUCUGUCUUUAAGAUUAUUUUAUCUUUUGAUUUAAAAUAGUACUUUAAAAUGAAGGAGUAUUUCUUUGGGUUGCGAAUAACGAAAUUGAGAUGAAUGUACAACUAACCCCAUAUUUGAGCACAUUUCAUUGUAUUUAGUUGUUUUCCUUUCAGCCAGCUUGUCAGCUUUAUAUUAGUUGAUGGUACCAAUUGAUAAAAUGAAUAAAUCAUACGAACUGUUUCCUUGGUUCAGAUGUCACACAUCAUAUUAAACAAUGCAAAAUUGGAAAGCCUUCUACUUUUUUCUAAAAAAUGAAGCAAAACCAAGAGCAUUUGCUUGUGGGUAACUAACUUAAUGAUAUUAAAAGAGAGAGCUCUUCAGGUUUCUUAAGAAUCGUCUGACCUGAGUUGCAUUCUAUGAUAUUAACCAAUUUUGAAGGCACAUGGUGCUCUGCUUUAGAUUUAUCCCAUAUGCUAUUGUUUAAUAUUAGAUUUAUGUAAUUGUUUUACUGCACAGUAUUGAUGUCCUUUGCACAGUUAGCAGUAAAUAAAAAUUAGCAUUUAAAAUUGCUAAAA